CCUUGCGUCCCAACAUCUACCGGAUAUGGUGUUUGACAGCCCGCCGAUCUCGAUGCGCUAAUUACGACAACUCCGAACGGAACCAUGAAUGUCACCACCUACUGCAACCUGACAAACUUCUCAAAAUCCUACGAACAAUUGCACGGCGUGUUAAGUUUGACGUUAUGUGUCUUCGGGUCUGUCGCGAAUGUCUUGAUGAUGACGGUGCUCCUCCGGAAGGACAUGAGAUGGCCCACCAACCUCAUCUUGGCAGGUCUGGCUGUUGCAGACCUCUUGGUGAUGCUGGAGUAUAUACCAUUCAGCCUCCACAGGUAUUUCAAUGAAGAGAGGAGGAAUUAUGCCAGUAGCUACAACUACAACUGGGCCAUCUUCAUGUUUUUCCACGCUCUAUUCAGCCAAAUCUUCCAUUUCAUCUCUUGCUGUCUCACAGUUAUACUAGCCGUUUGGAGGUAUGUCACCAUUUCCAAACCACACAACACUAGAGCCUGGUUCGGACUCAAAAAAACUUUCUAUGUCAUCGUUUUAGUGUAUCUGUGUGCUCCCAUCAUCUGCAGUCCUAUAAUAUUCUCCUUAACAAUAAAACACCACAACCAAACAUGCGAUCCUACAGGGAAGUUUAUAGAAAGAAGCGAACUCAAAACUUACAAAGGUGAAAUUACGAGUGAAUCGAUUUACGUUACGGCUAUUGCUAGUGAAACUGCUAAAGUAAUAAGUUUUUGGGUGUACAGUGUUGUUAUCAAAUUAGUACCCUGCGUCCUGCUCACCCAUUUAUCCUGGAAGUUGGUUUCAAUCCUGGUUGAGACGAAAAAGAGGAAGAAAGUAUUGUUACAAACUGUUGUCAACUUGAAAGAUAUGAAAACUUCAGGGUUGCUGUCCAAUAAGAAAAAGAAGGUGAAUCAGGCUGAUAGAACGUCAAAUAUGCUGUUAGCGUUGUUGUUUCUGUUUCUAAUAACUGAAUUCCCCCAAGCUAUUUUGGGUCUGUUGAGUGCUAUAUUGGAGGAAUUCGAGAAACAAUGCUAUAGGCCAUUAGGUGAGUACGAUUCUAAUGAAAUUCUCAAUGGUAUAUACAAACAAAUAAUCGCUCCAAAAAUACAGUAUACCAAGUUUCAAGGAAAUUCAUAUUUAUACAAUCGAUAA